AUGGUCAAGCGCAAGAGAGAAGACGCCGCUGCGGACGGCCAGACUGCAAGUGAACAACCUCGUAAGGCUGUCAAGGCCACAGCAACCCCCGAUCCUUCACUGUCCAGCAAUGAUCCCGCUUCGGUGACGGUCCAGAUUGUCACCGGUUCCUACGAGCGAGUCCUGCAUGGUUUUACAGCGAGUCUCGUAACAUCCUCCCCUGCGACGGACGAAAAGGAUGUAGAAGAUACUGCGUCUCCUUCCGUCCACUUUGCAGACACAUUCCUUUUCCAGGCCCAUGCAUCUGCAAUUCGGUCUCUCGCGCUGUCACCGCUCACCAAUGCAGACUCCUCACAGCCUCAAAAGUUGAUUCUAGCCAGCGGCGGCACCGAUGAGCGCAUCAAUCUUUACACUCUCUCCGCGUCCCCUCCGGUAGUCAAUGACCGAUUCCCGUCCGUCCCGACGCUGGCUGGAAGCAAAAUUCUGGAGAACCCCAAAAACCGCGAGCUGGGUUCAUUGCUGCACCACUCUUCCACUAUCACUGCCCUCUAUUUCCCCACGCGCUCCAAGUUAUUGGCAGGAGCUGAGGACAACACAAUCUCUGUCACCAGAACGCGGGACUGGACUGUUGUGUCUAGCAUCAAAGCCCCCCGUCCUAAGGCGCAAGGACGGCCCAGCGGGGAUACCGCUCCCCCGGGCGGCUCUCCAUCAGGCAUCAACGAUUUUGCGAUUCACCCUAGCAUGAAACUUAUGCUCAGUAGCGUCAAGGAAGGAAAACGUGGCACCGGGGAGGGCCGCAAGAUCAUUUGGGACUCUCGGGGAGAAGAGUUUGCUGUUGCCUUUGAAUGGGGCGCUGUGGUAUUCGGAGUGGAUUCGAUUCCCAAAUGCAAACUCUUGCCGUCUCCGAUGAGCAAACUCCAUCGCAUAAAAUAUUUCAAUUUCAGCCAGGGGGAUGACGGUGCGGAUGAACUGCUUGCUGCCUCCACAGAAGAUGGCAGGAUCAUCUUCUACUCCACCAAAGAGACGAAGCCCUCGGAUUCUGAGGAUUCUGAUUCACCCAUACCGGACGCACAAAUCCGGGCGCAGUUGGGUGGUAAGGCAUGCGGUCUGUCCGGACGAGUCAAGGAUUUUGAGAUCCUGAGUCUCGCCGACUUAGCAGCCUGGAAGGAUCACUUCCUCCUUGUUACAUGCGGCAGUGAUGGUGCCGUCCGUGUAUGGCUUUUGAAGAGAGGAGAAUUCGAGAAACCGAAGUCUGAGCCGCCAAACGGUGACGCUAUAGGUGCCUCCCAGCCACGUCAGGUUGGGAAGCUGCUCAGCACGUAUGAAACUGGGAAUCGCAUUACCUGCAUGGUUGCAUUCGUGAUGCAAAAGCCAGAAGAUCCUUCUGCAAUUGGAGAGUCAGAAUUCGAAUCUGGAAGUGGCGAAGAAGAUCAUGACGAUGAUGACGAGUCCAGCAGUGAGGAGAGUGACGAGGAGUGA